GCCGGCAGGCGUCUUGAGCGGAGAUGGCUGCCACUCUGCAGCGCAUCGAACGGCUGUCCAGUCGGGUGGUGCGUGUGCUGGGCUGUAACCCAGGUCCCAUGACCCUGCAGGGCACCAACACCUACCUGGUGGGAACCGGCCCCAGGAGAAUCCUCAUUGACACUGGAGAACCAGCAAUCCCAGAAUAUAUCAGCUGCUUAAAGCAAGCUCUAACUGAAUUUAACACAGCAAUCCAGGAAAUCAUAGUGACUCACUGGCACCAUGAUCAUACUGGAGGCAUAAGAGAUAUUUGUAAAAGCAUUAGUAAUGACACCCCAUAUUGCAUUAAAAAACUUCCACGUAAUCCUCACAAAGAAGAAGUUAUAGGAGAUGGAGAACAACAAUAUGCUUAUCUGAAAGAUGGAGAUUUGAUUGAGACUGAGGGAGCCACUCUAAGAGUUAUAUACACACCUGGCCACACUGAUGACCACAUGGCUCUUCUUUUAGAAGAGGAAAAUGCUAUCUUCUCUGGAGAUUGCAUUCUAGGGGAAGGAACAACUAUAUUUGAAGACCUUUAUGAUUAUAUGAACUCCCUAAAAGAGUUACUAAAAAUCAAAGCUAAUGUUAUAUAUCCAGGACAUGGCCCAGUAAUCCAUGAUGCUGAAGCUAAAAUUUUACAAUACAUUGCUCACAGAACCAUCCGAGAACAGCAAAUUUUGACAUUAUUUCAUGAGAACUUUGAAAAGUCAUUUACUGUCAUGGAGUUGGUAAAAAUUAUUUACAAGGAUACUCCUGAGCAUUUGCACAUGAUGGCUAAAAAUAAUCUCUUGCUUCAUUUGAAAAAAUUAGAAAGAGAAGGAAAAAUAUUUAGCAACACAGAUCCUGAAAAGAAAUGGAAAGCUCAUCUUUAGUUUCAAAUUAAUAAAAACUUUGUUUUGUUUUUUUUAAUAGAAUGGUAUGUUUUCUUAGCUUUAAUUUUUU